AUGGCCGGGGAUGCGCACAACCUCACCGAGCAGUGCGACUGGUUCAGCGAGGACAACCGAACAAACCGAGUAACCGAGAGACUGGAUCCUGCCGGCUGCCUGUUUCUAUCGAUCCUGCCCUAUAGUAAGGCAGUUUCAGCGCUCAUGUGGAUUUGUGUGUUAAUGACUGUCUUGUCAUUUCUGGUUAACGGGUUUACCCUGUUCGGGAUUGGACGGUCCGAGGAUCUCUCCUCGGAGACGCGCGUUUCUUUCUUUAAGAAUCUGAUUUUGAGCGACCUUUUGCAGACCGUCACCUUCGGUCCGCCGGUCAUCUACUCACUAUUCAAACAAAGGACGAUUGAGUUCAACACCUGGUGUAACGCCCAGUACUUCGUGGGCACCGUGAGUAUCUUCUCCAGCCUUCUCACCAUCACGUGCAUGGCACUGGAGCGCUACUUUUACGUGUGCCACGCCAUCCACUACUUGGUCAUCCUCACUCAGGUGCGCCUGCGGCUAGUCCUGAGCCUCAUCUGGGUCUACUCUAUCUCCGUCGGCACCAUCAACUUGCUGUUGCUGCACACGGGGAGAGGGCAACGGAGUGAGCAGGUUACCAGUGGGCUAAUGUGCGAGCCGGACGUGGUGGAGCAGCUCAUGGGAUUCCCCCGUGCCGCUGCUGUCUUUCGCAAACUUAUGGGGGUCUUUACUCUGCUGCUGUGCCUGCUGGUCAACGCGUUCUCCUAUUUAAGGAUGUACAAGGAUGCGCGUAACGCGAUCAUACCGUUCCACGCGGUCAACAACACGGCGCGUAAGACCGUGUUGUUCUACUGCAGCAUGCUGUGCCUGCAGCUGCUCCCGCUGCUGCUCAAAGUGACCUCGGACGCGCUUUGGGAAUUGGAGGGCACCGCAACUUUGAUGGGACUGUCCUCUCACACGAAGCCGACACCCCCUGUUAAGGCAGCCGUGCUCCACGUGUGCCUGUUGGUAAUGCUUUUAGUGCCGCCGUGCAUCAACCCGCUGGUGUACGGGCUGAGGAACGUGGAGAUGAGACAUGCCAUACUCAGCCUGUUCCGGUUGUGGAGGCAGAGAAGGGUCGCUGGAGCGCGGGGAUUGGAUGAGAUGAGAGCUAGAAACAUAAUUGUUCUUCAGAACCGAGCCCAGGCGGGGUAG